AUGCACUCCCCGCCCCUGUUCCGCUUCACUACAGUGACGGGGUAUUUCCUCCAGGAUGACCCCGCCACGGACCCCGACACCUUCGACUACGUGAAAUCAAACUUCGGCCUCAUCGAAAAACAAUACGGCGAGCAUCUCGGAGUAGAACAGACCGACAGCCAGUGGCAGCGUUUCGACGCCCACAUUAAACGCCAGAACGCCAGCAAGAGCAAAAAGCUCAAAGUCCUCUUCCUCGGACGCCACGGCGAGGGCGUCCACAAUGUCGCCGAGCGCAAAUACGGCAGCAAGAAGUGGGAUGAAUACUGGUCUCUCCAAGACGGAGACGAGGACGGCAGCUGGGUCGAUGCCCGUCUAACCGAACAGGGAAGAUGCCAGGCACAAGUCGCACACGCAGCCUGGGAGCAGCAGAUCAAGGCCGGCAUCCCGUCACCGGAAUCUUACUACGUGAGCCCCCUGAACCGGUGUCUUGAAACCGCGCAGAUUACGUUCCAGCGGCUUGCGAUCCCUGGCACGGAUCCUUUUAAGCCGACUAUCAAAGAGCUACUCCGUGAGACGAUGGGUCAGCACACUUGUGACCGUCGCUCGACGGCUUCGGAAAUUGCAGACGAGUACCCGGAGUAUAGAUUUGAAGCGGGGUUCUCUGAGGAAGAUAAGUUGUGGGAUCGUGAGGUCCGUGAGUCGGAUGAGCAUCGCACUGAGCGGCUGCGCUGUCUUUUGAAUGAUAUCUUUGCUCAUGAUGAGAGUACGUAUAUUUCGUUGACGGCUCAUUCGGGUGCCAUCACUAGCAUUCUGGAGGUUUUGGGCCAUCGUCGCUUUGCAUUGGCGACUGGUGCGGUGAUUCCUGUGCUUGUUUUGGUGGAAAGGGGGGAACCAUCGCAGCUGGAGUCGCAAUAA